AUGGAGCUCGACAAGAAGAACAACCCCGAUAUGGUGGCUGACGACGAGGUGACGGACCAGCUCGCCCGCCUUGCCAACCAGGACGAACACGACAUCGGCAAGCGAGAAUCCUUCAGGCGUUUCCCCAAGUCCUGCCUGUGGUGUCUGUACGCAGUCUUUCUCGUGCUCCUUGGCAGCUUCGAGAACCAGGCCGCCGGCGUCAUCCUCGGCAUACCGAAAUUCCGCGAGGACUUUGGCCAUCAUUUUAAUGACGAGCAUGUCAUCGAUGCCUCGUGGCAAGCUGCGUUCAACGGUGCUCCCAUCGCUACGGCCGUCAUGGGUGCUCUGGGAGGUGGACAGCUUGCAGACUGGAUCGGCCGUAAGAAGGUCAUCAUGAUGGCACUUGUCAUUGCUUACGGUGCCAUCACGAUGGAGCUUUUGGCUACGAGUCCUGCCUUGUUCUUGGGGGGCAAGCUGCUCAAUGGCUUCUCCAUCGGCGCCAUCCAGGGAAUUACAGUGACCUACAUUGGCGAGGUCACCCCUCUUGCGCUGCGCGGCAUAUUCACCUGCCUGUCUGCGCUGUCAUACACAAUCGGACCCCUCAUCGUCGCCCUCAUCGUGAACGAGACGGGGGACCUCCCCAACCGAUGGGCCUACCGCGCCGUCUUCGUCGCACAAUACGGCUUUGCUGCCAUAGCAACCCUCUUUGUGGCUUUCAUGCCAGAAUCGCCCUGGUGGCUGGCUUCCAAGGACCGUGACGAGGCGGCCCUCAAAUCCCUGAAUAACCUCGGCCACCGUGGAGACGAGGGUCAGAAGCGUCUUGCCGCCAUCAAGCACACCCUGGCGCAGGUCAGCUCCGAGACUGCAGGCGCUACGUAUAUCGAGUGCUUUCGCAAGUCCAACCUUCGCCGCACCAUCGUCUCGAUUGCUCCCCUCUGCAUUCAGUCCCUUAGCGGCGUGAUGUUCGCCGCCGGAUACAGCACCUACUACAUGCAGCGAGCCGGGUACAGCACUGCUAUGAGCUUCAAACUCCAGAUCACCCAACAAGUCUUGUCGACCAUCGGCAACGUCAUUUCAUGGUGGCUGAUCGAUCGCGUCGGUCGCCGCAGCCUCACCUUCUGGGGCCUCUUUGUCCUGACCAUCAUUCUCUUCGCCACGGGAAGCCUGGCCAUCUUCGCCGACCGUGAGCCCGGCGGACCUGAGGCUCGUGCCACGGUUGCUUUCAUUCUGAUCUACUGCUGGUGGUACAACGCCACUAUCGGCGCCACGGCCUACACCGUCCUUUGCGAAGUGUCCACUUCGCGCCUCCGCAUCAAGACCAUUGCCAUCGGCCUCGCGGCACAGAACAGCUUGAACGUCAUGUUCUCGUUUGUGCUUCCGUACCUCUUCAAUCCGGAUCAUUUGAAUCUGGGAGCGAAGAUCAGCUACAUCUUUGGAGUGCUGGCCAUCAUCUCUCUUGUCUUCUUGUGGUUCUACCACCCCGAGACGGCCGGAAGGACGUAUGAGGAGCUGGACGAGAUGUUUAUGAAGAAGGUCCCCGCUCGGAAGUUCAAGUCAUAUCAGCCUGACACUGCGGCCAUGGGUGAGGUCGUCAAGGCUGCAUUUGAGAAAGAGGAGCUACAGGGCGAGGUUACUCACCGUGCUUGA